ACCAUGGUGCAUAUCUUUCUCAAGCUGCGGCGGCUUGGGGUCAGCUCCUUACGGCUAAGUAAACUGUCCAUGCGCGAUAGGAUAUAAGCAUGGACUACAAAGAAUCGGAACUCAAGUCGCCAGACGCGGCACGGACAGAAGACGAUGCCGACCAUUCCGGGCCUUUAGGAUUACUAGAUGAGGACAAUACUGCUACUAGUGCUUCUUCUCCCAGCCUACGUCCAUUGACCAGGCCCUCUCUUCAAUCCACAGCUACGACGGCGGUCUCUCUGGCCGAUAUCACUCCCCAGGGCUACUCAGACAACAAUAAGGAGACAUAUUCAGCGCUAUUGGGUCGUAAUCUUGCGAGCAGAGGUCUGAAGGCGAAGGCCAGUCUGAAUCAGUUAGCGAGUGCUAGAGCAAGUGAGGCCGGAGACAAUGCCAGUAUCCGCAGUUUCUUGCCAAAUGCAGGCGAAGAAGAGAGUAUAUUCGGCGACUUCGGACCAACAGAACCUGAAGGAGAAUCCCCAGGCCAUGCCGGAUUGCUCAGCCUACCUGAAUUUCAGGCUGAUGAUGUGGAUGAUGAUUUCGCCGGCGAAUUUGAGCCCAUCGGCGAAUUAGAGGAAGGCGGACAGAAUGAAGAGUUACUUCUCGAAAGAUGGAAAAGCAAACGAAAGCACUAUCUUAUUCUUUCUGCCGCUGGAAAACCUAUCUGGACUCGACACGGCGACGGCGGUCUGAUAUCUGGAUACGUCGGCAUCAUUCAGACCAUUAUUUCCUUCUAUCAGGAUGCUAAUGACACUCUGAAGAGUUUCUCCGCUGGGGACACGAAAUUUGUUAUCUUGACGCAAGGCCCAUUGUAUUUCGUUGCUAUUAGUCGAAUCCUCGAAAGCGAUACCCAGCUCAGGCUACAACUCGAAGCUUUGUACAUGCAGAUAUUAUCGACCCUUACCCUCCCUGGGCUCACGCACCUCUUUUCUGUUCGACCUUCUACCGAUUUGAGACGCCCUCUGCAAGGAACAGAGACUCUUCUUUCAUCCUUAGCAGACAGUUUCACCAUGGGUUCUCCUUCUACGCUUCUCUCGGCGUUGGAAUGCUUGAGAAUCCGCAAAUCUCAUCGUCAGGUCAUAAACAAUGCUCUAUUAAAGACAAGGGUUAGCAACCUUUUAUACGGGCUUGUCGUUGCUGGCGGCAGGCUCGUGAGCGUUGUGCGUCCGAAGAAGCACUCAUUACACCCUGGCGACUUACAGCUACUUUUCAACAUGAUAUUCGAAGCAGAUGGCGUGAAGGCUGGGGGUGGUGAACGCUGGAUACCUGUUUGCCUCCCCGGGUUCAACAGCACUGGCUACCUGUACAUGUAUGUCAGUUUUCUUGAUCUGCGCGGAGACUCUGGUGGCGUUGCCGACGAGACGGCAACAAAAGACGAGUCUGUCGCCAUUAUCUUGAUAAGUACGGAUAAGGAAGCAUUCUUCACCCUGCAAGAGAUGCGAAAUGCCCUGGUAGAGCAAUUGGAAAGGACAGGCAGUAUCAGAGUUAUAAAAGCGGCUAUCGAUCGUGGCCGGCCAUCUACAACAGAUCUCAUUCCUGGAACGGUCUUGCGCCACUUCUUAUACAAAUCGAAAGCGAAUGUGCAGUUCACCAUGUCAUCCUACGAACCAGAAUUCUCCUCUACAUCACGACGUCGAAGGCUUAUCUCAACCUAUAAUACUUUACACGCGAGCGUGCAUGCCAAACAUGCUCAUGUAAAAGUGCACCACAACGUUUCUCGGACUGCGAGCUCUUUUGCUUGGGUGACACCCAUAUUUGAGCUAUAUUGCGUUGCCGGGCCUAAUACGAACAGAAAUGCACUGUCCCAGAGCGCAAGUAAGAUUAUACAGUGGGUGCGGCAGGAAGAGGAGAGGCUGUUCAUUAUUGGAGGUGCUGUUUUCUGAAUCAUACAAUCCUCUUCAUCCUUUCAUCUUCCAAUAGACCAUACGGACCCUUGUCCAUGACGCCCUCACUGUUGGCAGUAGUGACGCCAUAUGAUAGUCUUCGAUACAUAGGAAUUGCAGUAUAUCCAUCAUGGAUUAGGAAUGAAGGAUCCCAUCAGGAUCCCCAUCAUAGUCUUACUUCAAUGCAGUCCAAUCAUUAAAUUAGAUCAGUCGUAUCUGAGAUCCAUGGAUUGUUUAAUACGUCUCCCUCUUCACCCUGA